AUUUCGCUGACGGCGACCCACCAGAACGGUCAUGAGGCAAGAAAUCAUCAGCCAGAAGGCAAACGGGCGCCAGGAAUCGCCGGAGGCUGCGGGGGAGGAGGGACGGCGGCGCAGAGUGGCGAUAGUUGGAGCGGGACUGGUGGGUUCUUUGGCGGCGAUAAACUUUGCCCGCAUGGGCAACCUCGUGGAUUUGUACGAGUACCGGGAGGAUAUCCGCCAGGCUGUGGUGGUUCAGGGCAGGAGUAUUAACCUGGCACUUUCCCAGCGGGGCCGCAAGGCUCUGGCCGCCGUGGGUCUGGAGGAGAAGGUCCUGGCCACCGCCAUACCCAUGAGGGGUCGAAUGCUGCACGAUAUCAGGGGAAACACCAGUGUGGUCCUAUAUGAUCCUUGCACCAAACAAUGUCUGUACUCUGUGGGUCGCCGUCAGCUAAACGAAGUCCUAUUGGAUGCUUGCGAUAAAUUACCAAAUGUUCGCUGCCACUUCGAGCACAAGUUGACGAGCGCCAACCUCAGAGAGGGAUCCAUGGAGUUCCGGAAUGUUAGUAAAGAAGUUGUAGCUGCCAGUGCGGAUCUUAUAGUGGGCUGUGACGGAGCCUUUAGUAGCGUACGCCAGCAAUUGGUCCGCUUGCCGGGCUUUAAUUAUUCCCAGGAGUAUAUAGAAACAGGUUACCUGGAGCUUUGUAUACCCUCGAAAUCGGGAGAUUUCCAGAUGCCCGCCAAUUACCUGCACAUCUGGCCCCGUAACUCCUUUAUGAUGAUCGCCUUACCGAAUCAGGAUAAGUCUUUCACGGUGACCCUGUCCAUGCCUUUUGAGGUCUUUGCUAAAAUUCGGACCCAGAACGAUCUGCUGGAUUUCUUUAAGCUGAACUUUCGUGAUGCCCUGCCCCUUAUUGGGGAGCAACAGCUGCUUAAGGACUUCUUCAAAACCCGACCACAGCAUUUGGUUUCCAUCAAGUGCAGACCCUAUCACUACGCUGAUAAGGCCCUCAUCCUGGGCGAUGCAGCACACGCCAUGGUUCCGUAUUACGGUCAGGGAAUGAAUGCCGGAAUGGAGGAUGUGACGCUGCUCACCGGAAUUUUGGGAAAGCAGUUGCCGCUGGACGAGGCGUUGGCUCAGUUUACCGAGUCCCGCUGGCAGGACGCCUUUGCCAUUUGUGAUCUGGCCAUGUAUAACUAUGUAGAGAUGCGCGACUUGACCAAACGCUGGUCAUUCCGGAUACGAAAAUGGCUGGACACCCUGCUAUUUCGAUAUUUUCCCGGCUGGAUUCCACUCUACAACAGCGUCUCCUUUUCCAGUAUGCCUUAUGCCCAGUGCAUUGCAAACAGGAAAUGGCAGGACCAGCUGUUGAAGCGUGUUACCGGCGCCACCUUAUUAGCUGCAAUCCUGGCAGGAGGAGUUGUUUUCGCACAGCGUUUCAUAUAAAAUAAUUUUAAAUAUCCAAAUCACCUUACCUACAUAUCUGAAAAAGUUAAAAUCAGGCAGAGUGUACUUUAAAAAUAUUGUUUACGCCUUAUAACGUUAUUUAUGCUUUAAUAAAUAUCAUCCAUUUAUAAACUUUUCAACCAGUAAAUUAAAUUUAUUACUUAAGAAAUUUGGUAAGCAAAUUAAAAACGACAAAAGUGUACUUAGAAAUUUAAGUUCACGGGAGAAAAAGUUGCACUUU